AUGAGCUCGACCGCAGUUUCACGAGCCCGCUGGUCAUCAGCGUACGCAUCGGAUCCAACAGAAUGGGAACGUCUUUUCGAAGGAAAAUGGAACGUCGUCAGCAAUAUUCUAGAACGAAAAUUGAUCGAUCCAGAGCACAAAGUAGUGUAUGACGAGCUGAUGUCUCUUCUGGAAAAUAUGACGAAUAUGUGCACUCUUCUGAUGCUUGAAGCCAAUUCACAACCAGAACCAAUGAUCGGACCGAUUUUGGAUAAAUUCUUCACUGAACAAAUUUUGGAGAGAGUUUUGGAUUGGUCGAUUCAACUGACAGAUUCCUUGAAAUCAAUUUGCCAGCUGGCUAUCAUUAGAAUAUUCGAAAUGAUUGUAUCAGAUUCUCACUCCCAAAAUCACUGUCUUCUGGUCCAUAAACCAAUUCUAAAUCCAUUAUUCCGGCUGUGUGAAUGGUUCCAAAGAGCGGAUAUCUACUGGAGAGUCUCGAAAUCGGAGAACAAGAAGACGUCAGAAGCGGAAAAGAUGUUUGUACUUCUACUGAAUCAGAUAUGCACAAAACUUGUUGAAGACAGAACACUCCUUCACUUUUUCUUCCAUUCCAACCAAUUCGUUGUUUUCACCGAGCUGAUUCCCUUCCUCUAUUCCGCCGGAGACACUGGACAACUGGCAAGAGAUGCUGUUCUUCUGAUCCUUUCUGUAUCUGCAGAAGACAAAAGUAUUGCUGAAUACGUCACCGAGAGAACUUCAUUCUGCCAAGUACUCACCACUGGACUAUCCGCUUGUUUUUCUCAGUUACCCAGAAGAAUAUUAGGAGAUGGAGGAGAGAGAUUAGUGGAGGAUGAAUACAGAGACUUCCUUGCUGAUUAUCAUUCGGCACUUCUUUUUUGUAAUGCUAUUGCUCAAACCGCCCAUUCGGAAGUUGUUGGGAACAUCGCCGAGUUUUUCUAUACGGGAUUUUUGACGAAUGUGAUUAAACCGGCGUUUCUACAGAAUGAUCGAGAAUACAUUGGUGCGAGUAUGGUAUAUUUACAGAUGUGCAUCGAAACAAUCGUGGAGCCACUUCUAGUGAAGUCAGUAGUCCAGAUGAUACUAACAGAACGCGAUGAUAAUGGAACGAUAUUCUUCGAAAUAGUGAUUUCCUAUGUGAAAGGAGGAGAUAAAACCUCUGUAACAGCCUUAUCACUUAUCGAUUCCUUUAUCAAAUUGGCCUGUGAAGACGUGAUGCUGGCUCUAGUGUUCCGUCCGCUUCUCACCAACCAUUCAGCCACCAAAAAACAGCUAUCAGUAGUCUAUAAAGCAUCCAGAGGAGGACAUUUAUCUCAAGCAUAUCUCAACUGUAUUCCAGUUUGCGGCCUCCCAUGCUCUUUUGAGCUCUACAUGUUCUCUACGCGAAUCCGAAUGGACGCGCGAGCUGAGCAAUGCCGGAAAUGGAAGUGGAAGUAUGAUGGAGUGGUUGCUGGAAGCUUCGUGCUUCCAGCUGAAUCUGAUGAUGAUGCCACGUGUCAUGUGUCGUUUUCUAGAAUGUCGUCGAGCAGAUCGUCGGUCUCAAUGGCUCCGUAUAGAUACACAAAUGGAACGCAUCCAUCGUUCAAUAUUAACAAAGUUUGUGCUCUUGGAAAACCUCGAGAAGAAGAUUUUAGUGAGAUGGAAGAUGAUUUAUUGGAGGAAGAUAAUGAUUUCAUCCUUCCAAAUAUUGAUAUGGAAGAUUUUGGUGAAGAAAUGACAGCUUCUAAAGUCAUGACCCAGUCUACAAUAGACUACAUGCAUAUUUCUGGACUAGAUGGAUCGGAAUCAGACGAUGCCAUGCCGAUUCGAGUGGAGGAUUCUGAAACUGACACUGAAGCUCCAAAAAGCUCAUUUGUGCUAUCCGGAUGGAGAGAAGUCAAUGAUAUGGAGACAUUUAAGCAGUUGCUAUCAAAACAAGAAGUGAAAGGAGAACGACUUCCAGCGGAAAAUAUUAUGGAUUUCAUAAACGAAAAGUAUGAUUCUUUGAAGCUUGGAGAAGAUGAAAAAGAAGGAAAAGAAGAGAAGGAUCUAGAAGAAAACCUGAUAGAAGAGCCAAGGAAGCGUAUAGUAACAGAUGGAUUCUCAAUUUACGCCUUCCCAGAAAGAUCAAAGCUACUUCAGACGAUACUGGAAGGCGUGGAGACGUUGUGUGAGAAUGAGCUUCCAUUCAAUACGGAACUGUUUUGCUUGAUUGCCGAUUUGGCGACCUAUCCACAACCAAUUCUAGCUUAUUAUCUAUUCGAUCCAAAGCAGGAUAGCUCAGAAAAGCAUCUUCUUACAAUCCUUCAAAGCGUUCAAACUCGCAUAGAUGUGAUGGCUGAGGGUAUUGAAUCGUUUGACACGUGGAUUGAGAAGGGACUGGAAGCAUUGGAAGCGAGAGCUUGUAGAAUUCGACAGCAAUCGAGAUCAUCGCCAAGAUCCGCGGACGAACACGACUCCACGCUAUUCUACGGACGAAGUACGAUUCCACCGCCAGGCCGGAAACCAUUACUCCGUGAACCAUCCCACCAGGAGACACUGGACGACCAAACUGCUCGACGGACGGCUCUAGCAGCGAUUUUACUCUCCCAUCUUUGCCAAAUGCUUGCUGCGAUUGUGCUUCAGCAAUCGCUCAUUAUCUGA